UUCAGCAUGCUAUGUUCAGGCAGCAGCAGUGGCUUCUUGGUGGUGUCUCGGCCAUGACACACAUUUGACAUGCCCUCCCUUAACCUACUCACAGACUGUUUCUCUUACUCUGCAGCAUGGACCAAAGAGAAAUUCUGCAGAAGUUCCUGGAUGAGGCCCAAAACAAGAAAAUUAACAAAGAAGAGUUUGCCAGUGAGUUUCUGAAGCUGAAAAGGCAAUCUACUAAAUACAAGGCAGACAAGAUCUAUCCUACAACCGUGGCACAGAGGCCCAAGAAUAUCAAGAAAAAUAGAUAUAAGGAUAUUUUGCCCUAUGAUCAUAGCCGGGUAGAACUGUCCCUAAUAACUUCUGAUGAAGACUCCAACUAUAUCAAUGCCAACUUCAUUAAGGGAGUUUAUGGACCCAAGGCUUAUAUUGCCACCCAGGGUCCUUUAUUUACAACUCUCCUCGACUUCUGGAGGAUGAUUUGGGAAUAUAGUGUCCUGAUCAUUGUAAUGGCAUGUAUGGAGUUUGAAAUGGGAAAGAAAAAGUGUGAGCGCUACUGGGCUGAGCCAGGAGAGAUGCAGCUGCAAUUUGGCCCUUUCUCCAUAUCCUGUGAAGCUGAAAAAAGGAAAUCGGAUUAUAUAAUCAGGACUCUAAAAGCCAAGUUCAAUAGUGAAACUCGAAUUAUCUACCAGUUUCAUUAUAAGAAUUGGCCAGACCAUGAUGUGCCUUCUUCUAUAGACCCUAUCCUUGAACUCAUCUGGGAUAUGCGUUGUUACCAAGAGGAUGACAGUGUUCCUAUAUGCAUUCACUGCAGUGCUGGCUGUGGAAGGACAGGUGUUAUUUGUGCUAUUGAUUAUACAUGGAUGUUGCUUAAAGAUGGGAUAAUUCCUGAGAACUUCAGUGUUUUCAGUUUGAUUCAGGAAAUGAGAACACAGAGGCCUUCGUUAGUUCAAACUCAGGAACAGUAUGAACUGGUCUACAAUGCUGUGGUAGAAUUAUUUAAGAGACACCUGGAUGCCAUUGGAGAUAAAUACUCUGGGAGAGAGAUUCAAGCAGUGUACUUCAUUUCUGAACAAAAUCUUACUCAACAAACAAAUUCUUGUUUCCCUAAUUUACCAGAAUGCACCAUAAAAGAAGAGAAAAUGAUGAAACAGCAGAGCAAACAAAGGACAAAGGAAGGAAUUGCAGAAGCUUCUUCCUUCAACUUUAGGGUUUCUGAAAUAAGUGCAAAAGAAGAUUUCACUUUGCACUCUGCUAAGUCAAGCCCUUCUUUUGACUUUUUGGAGUUAAAUUAUGAUUGUAACAAAAAUGCUGACACAACCACGAAAUGGCAGACUAAGCCAUUACCAGUAGUUGGGGAACCCCUUCACAAGCAUCAAAGUUUGGACUUCAGCUCCAGUUUGUUUGGGGCUUAUUCUAAUUCUAAGCCUGUAAAUGCAGAAGGAAGGGGUUUUAAUUCAAAGGGGCCAAUAACACGGACCAAAUCAACUCCUUUUGAAUUCACACAGCAGAGAAAAAGCAAGGAGUUGAACAUUCAGGAAACCUUUUCAUAUUUGGAAACUCAACCUCAUGAUUCUCAUUUUGUCAAAUUGCAGUCUCAAAGAGUGAUGCACGUUUCUUCAGAAGAACUGAAUUAUUCACUGCCACAUAACUCUAAGCACCAAAUGUGUAAUGCCUCUAAUGAAAAUCAGCAUGACUCCAGUGCAUUUGGUGUCUGUUCUUAUAUGUCUUUGGUGGAAGAUCCUUAUUUUUCAUCAUUGCCUCCAAGUAGUUCUGACUCUAAAAUGUCCCUUGAUUUACCUGAAAAGCAAGAUGUAACUGUUUUGCCUUCUUCAUUGCCAACAUCCUCUCCAACCCUUUUUUCUUAUUAUAAUUCAUAUGAUUCUUUGGCAUUGAAUCCUCUGACCAAUUCUCCAUCACUGAAACAAGAAGCAAUCACAGUGGCAACUUUUCCUAGAAUGGAUGAUGAAAUCCCCCCUCCACUUCCUGAACGGACACCUGAGUCUUUUAUUGUAGUAGAGGAAGCAGGCGAAUUCUCAACGAGUGCUCCCACAUCCUCAUCUCCAACUGUGAAGGUGAAAAUUGGAACCUCACUGGAAUGGAGUGGAACAUCUGAAUCAAAGACACUUGAUGACUCUGUGAGACUUAGGCCAAGCAAGAACGUAAAACUCCAGAGUCCCAAAUCAGAUUUCCAUCAAGAUUCUUCUCCCUCACCACCUCCACUCCCAGAAAGAACCUUAGAAUCCUUCUUUCUUGCUGAUGAAGAUUGUAUGCAGGCCAAAUCUGUAGAAACUUAUGCUACUAGCUGUCCUGAAACAAUGAAAAAUUCAACAUCUUCAAAACAAACAUUGAAGACUUCAGGAAAAAGCUUCACAAGGAGUAAGAGUUUGAAAAUCUUGAGAAACAUGAAAAAGAAUAUCUGUAGUUCUUCCCCACCAAGCAAGCCUGCAGAAUCUAUUCAGCCAAAUAACUCAAGCUCCUUUCUGAAUUUUGGUUUUGCAAAUCGUUUUUUAAAACCCAAAGGACCAAGGAACCCACCACCAACUUGGAACAUUUGAUAAACUCUGAAUUUAUAAUAUAGACUGCAUCUGCAAUAAAACUACUGGAAUACACUAGCUAAAAUAAAUGCUAAAUAUUCAUAAUAUUAAAAAAUGAAGAUAUGCUAAUGUGUUAGUGGUUUUUAACAGAAAAGCAAUAUGAAAAAAAAAUGCCAGCAAUUUUGUAUUUUCAUAUCUUACAUUGGAUGGGAAACUGCAAAUAAAAGGUUGUGAUUUAAGCUUA